AUGUUCCACGCCUUCGACGUCUCGUACUGGAGAGCGAAGAUCUCCGAUCGCAAGGCGAGACGCGCGGGCGGCGCGCGCGCGCAGCUGUCGAGCAUAUUCUUCGAGCCGAUGGAUCAUCAGACGCUCGCGACGCACGCGCCCGGGUCUCCUCGCGCCGCGGGCGUGCGCCGCCGCACGCGCUCGUUCGCCGUCCUCGCGGAGGCUGAGAACGCGCAGCACCCCGAGGGCCCGACGCACCUGUACGUCCUGAUCCACGGCCUCGGCGGCACGCCGCACGAUCUCGCGUGCCUCGAGAAGAAUCUGAAGCGCCGCGGCGGCGACUCCGUCCUGGUGCACGCGCCCGGGUGCAACGCGCUGACAAAGUCAUUCGACGGAAUCGCGAACGGCGCGAAGCGCGUCGCGGACGACAUCCGCGCCGUCGUCGCCGCGCACCCGAGCUUGGUCUACAUCUCCAUGGUGGGGAACUCGUUGGGGGGCGUCUACGCGAGAUACGCCGCGGCGUUGCUCUACGAAGCCGACGAGGACGACUCGCCGGGGAAGGGUCGAUCGAACGACGACGACGGCGGCGGCGCUGAUCUGUGGCGGAACCAGCCGCCGAGCCCGCGCGGGCCCGGGCGGAGCCCGCGCGGCGCCGGGACGAUCGCGGGGUUGAUCCCGGACACGUACCUGACGACGGCGACGCCGCACUUGGGGGUCGGGCCGUUCGGAUGGAUCGGGCUGUUCCCCGCGGCGGUGCGCGCGUUCACCGGGAAUCUCAUGGGGCCGUCGACGCGGCAGCUGAUGCUUUUGGACGCCGGGGGCGUGGGGAAGAACCGGCGGGACGUCCCGCUGCUUGUGGAGAUGGGCGAGGUGGGCGGCGAGGGGUUCGACGACGACGAUUCGACUUCAAUCGCGACGCCGUCGCUGCCGUUCAUUCCCGCACUCGCGUCGUUCCGGAGACGAUGCGCGUACGCCAACGCGGUGAACGAUUUCCUCGUCGCGUACGAGACCGCGUCGCUCGACCCGGACGGCGCGCGGUGGAUGCGCGAGCGCAGGAAGAUGGAACGUCAACGGUCGCGCGCGCGCGGCGGCGGCGACGGCUCCGACGCCGCGGCGACCGCCGCGAACGAACAUCACCACCACCACCACCACAGCAUAACCGAGACCGUGAGCGACUGGGCGGACGACGCCGUCGGCGACAACGUCGGCGGGUGGGCCGUCGGGAGCGGCGGCGGAUACCCCCCGGACUUCGUCGGCGGCGGCUUCGGCGGCGUCCCCAGGAUCGUGGACGAGAGAGAAACCGCCGCCGCGCCGUUCGACGCGUCUCUGCGCGAGAUGGACGACGCGCAGUUGAAUCGAUCGAGCGCGCUCCUGCGACGGCGCUCCAAUUUGGAUCUGCGAUGGCAGCGGCGGAUGAGCGCGGGGCUGAGGACGAUGGCGUGGCAUCACGUCGACGUGGAGUUUCCCGGGUUCGCGCCGCUCGCGCAUAAUAAAAUUUGCGCGUUGCAGCGGGACCCGAUCAUGAAGUGGCUGUUCGCGGAAGGGGAGUUCGUCGUGGAGCACCAGGCGGAGUACUUGCUCGCCAGAGGGCCGCCGCUUAGGUAAUCGUUGUCGAGGGUGACGCGGCGGCGAGCGACGCGAUGUGAUCUGUUGGAUUUAUUUAUCAUAGACUACGACUAUCAGCUCG